AUGAUUAUUUUCAAGGACAUCAUCUCUGGAGACGAGAUCCUCUCGGACUCGUACGACCUCAAGGAGGUCGGCGGCAUCGUCUAUGAGGCCGACUGCGCUAUGAUUACCGAGGAAGCCGUCAACGUCGACACUGGUGCCAAUGCCUCUGCUGAGGAGGCCGAGGAGGCCCUCGAGGACGCGGCCGUCAAGGUCAACAACAUCGUCCACUCUUUCCGUCUCCAGUCGACCUCCUUCGACAAGAAGGGCUAUCUUGCCUACCUCAAGGGUUACAUGAAGGCCGUUAAGGCUAAGCUCCAGGAGAAAGGUGCUUCUGCGGAUGAGGUCAAGGCCUUUGAGACUGGUGCCUCGAAGUUCGUCAAGGAGACCCUCCUCCCCAACUUCAAGGACUACGAGUUCUAUACCGGCGAGACCAUGGACCCCGAUGCUAUGGUCGUCCUCCUUAACUACCGUGAGGAUGGCAUCACCCCCUAUGUCACUAUCUGGAAGCAUGGCCUCAAGGAGGAGAAGGUUUAA